UCCUCUCGGCCUUUGCCACCGACAGCUUCAGUCGAAUGAAUGAGAUGUUGGCCAAGGUGACCUCCAUCUUUGGCUCCAUCCUCAAAAUGGACUCCACCAAGAAGGUAAAAACAUGCUGUACGGCAUCCGGCUGGUGGACAGCUACACCCGGACACGGGAGUACACAGGGGAGCUGGUAGGGGUUAGCUACUUGUACUCCCAGACCGGCCGGGUGCUGCAGGACAUUCCUGAUGACGUAGACAUCCCAGGGGAGGAGGAGGAGGAGGAGGAGGAGGAGGAGGAGGAGGAGGAGGAAGACGAGGAACGGGUAGAUGACAGCUUUCAGGAACUCCUGUUUGACACUGAGUUCCUGUCAGACUCGUCACACCCGGUGAUUCCUCAGCCUGCAGACCUCCAGGACAGCAGAGCAGAGCAGGAGUGUGUGGACUCUGACGGAUCCCCGGGGUACCACCACGUGAUGAACCUGGCCAAGUGUCUGGUGGAGCUGCGGCGGUCGGGCCUGGUCUCCGUGGCGCACGAGGCGCGGAUCUUGUCCUUGUGGGACAAACUCCCAGAGGGAGACAAAGGCCCUUUGACCUUUCCCCGCCGUUACCAGGAGACACUGAAAAAGGGCAGGUUCUGUAAAGCCAAAUCUGCUGUCCACGCAGCUUCUAACGUUGCCGAGGGGUUGGAGAGCAUGAGGCGCUGUCUCCGCAGUCAGGGCAGCGGUCCCUCCUCCAAUCCUGACUCCAGCAGGUUGGUGGAGGCCAUCUGCAUUCUGCUGUGUCGGCUCCAGCCUCAGGGCUGCUCCCUGGCCGGAGCUCGGAUCAGCCGCUGGACUCUGAUCCUCAGAAAUUAUUGCACCAUCAGAGACAGCGUGCUGGCUAAUCCGAGCCUCCGAACAAAGCUGCAGCUCUUUGAAAUUAACCAGCGGACGCUCAUACAGUGGUUCAACUGGAGGAAGGGGACCCAGGAAGGUCACGUCCUCCAAAUAGGCAUCCCAUCCGCCAGCUGUUCACUGUUGGCCCAACAACCUGCGCUGCCUCCCAUGGACCCACUGCCUCCCAUGGACCAGCACCCCCCAGCCCUCACCAUCCAGCCGCGCCCCUCCCAGGUGACACCACCUCCUCCUCCUGCCGCUGCUGCUGCUGCUGCUCAUCCUCCUCCUCAUCCUCCUCCUCCUCACCCUGCUGCUCAUACUCCUCCUCAUCCUGACCAUGCUGCUGCAUUGGCUGCUAUGGCUGCUGCAUUGGCUGUUUUGGGUGGUGCUCCUCUGCCGCGUCUCCCAGCAGGACCUCCUCCACCUCCCGUGCCGAGGACCACACAGUGGCAGCGGCGACAGCGGGAGAAGAAGAGGCAGGAGGCAGAGGGAACGGGCGAGGAGUACAGGUUGAAGCAGCCCUACUCCUGCGUCUGCAGCCUCUGUCAGCAGCCAAAGACCAAGCAGUUUGGUCACAGCCGCUUCUUCAGCAAAAAGGCAAAGACAAUGCAUCAUUUUUGCCAGCGCUCCUCGGGUGGAAGAAGUGUGGAGGAGUGGCUGCAGGAGAAGAGGAGGGAGGAAGCAGAGAAGUGAUGUGUGUGUGUGCGCACA